AGGAUAAAAUUCAGAGAAUCUGUCAGCAACAACCGAAAUAGUGCUAAAACCAUCAUCAAGGGGUGAUUGGGUCAGAAUACAGUGGGGUUGUUCUGAUGUCUGACAAAUAGUAUUUGUCCCCAUGAUGUAACUGAGACAAAGUCUCCCUCAACUUGAAGAAGUAUGGUUCAUCAUUUUUUUUAAGUCUAUGGAAUGUUCAUAUGGAAUGCGACUCCAUUUUGACGCCAUGUGCUAUAGUGCAUAUGUAACAGUAUUGCUUCUGUCCCUCUCGUCGCCCCUACCUAGGCUCGAACCAGGGACCCUCUGCCACGGCCCGUGCAGAGCAAGGAAACAAAAUACCACAUUUAUCAGAUAAUAUACCUGGCCAUUACAUCAGAUCAAAAUCAUAGUUACUGCGUUUUGCCUUGGUAGGUCAGCAUAAACAUGUCAUUUCAUAACUUCCCUACUGUCAACUUUCCAACACACUGACAUGUGGCGUGCCAUCAUGUCUCCUGAGGUUGUGGAUUAUGGUCCAAACUGAGCACUGACAUCACCCAAACCAGUUAGUCUGCACAGUUAUUCCUAUUUCCCAUGUAAAAUAGCCUUUGAGUGUCCAAAAAUUCAUGCAUAUUUUCAUAUCCCCAUUAAAAUGCUCAGUUAUGAAAAUGUACUUUUUCUCUCAUGUAUAACUAUCAGUAAGGCUGAAGGACAGGCUAGAGGGGCACAGCAACCUCCAAUCCUGUCAUAGUUAAAGAAAGGUUAAAUAAAAAAUAUAUAUAAAAAAAGAUUACAUCAUGCUUUGUUUAUCCAACCGUUUGUUCAUUUGUGUGCUCACGUGCGUGUGUGUGUGGAGACUCCUGGGAGGGGAGUGUUUGUCAGUCACUCAGUGAUAAAUAGAGAGGUUAUGCUCAGAGUUUGUCAGAAGACUGACCUGACAGGGUCACAAACAGGACCAAGCAGUAGCAGGAGGACCACAGCAUUUUUACCCUUUAUUACAAAUGGAGAAGCAUGAAGAUGUUCAAUACUGUUUUCAAGACAGAAACUCUUCUUGCAGAAAGGCUUUGCUAUCGACAUCUAUCUACAUAACACUGUACAUGUUCUUCUCAUUGUUUUCAGCAGUUACAGUAUUUUUGAACAUACUGGUGAUCAUCUCCAUCUCUCACUUCAAGCAGCUCCACACUCCAACCAACCUGCUCAUCCUCUCUCUGGCUGUGUCAGAUAUCCUGGUGGGACUGAUUGUGAUACCAGUAGCGACUGUAGCAUUAAUGGAAUCAUGCUGGGAUUUUGGGAAAUAUUUCUGUGUGUUUCAAUUCUACAUUGCUUAUUUAUGUACUUCUUUAUCUCUGGGUAAUUUGGUCUUGAUAUCUAUUGACCGCUAUGUUGCUGUGUGUGAUCCCUUAUUGUACCACUCUAAAAUAACAAUAACAAGAAUAAUGUGUUGUAUAUCUAUUACCUGGUGUUGUUGUAUCAUAUACCGUGCUGCUAUUAUAAACAACUUUGCAAAUGUACAGGUACCCAGUAGGUGUUUGAAUGAAUGUUUUAUUGUUGAAGGAAUAACCUGGGUUAAUAUCAUUGACCUUGUAAUUACAAUGGUUGUUCCGUGCUCUAUUAUUAUAACACUUUAUAUGAAAAUCUUUGUGGUGGCCAGAUCACAGGCCAGAAAGGUAUUUUCAAAAGAGGCUGCCGGUGUGUCUGGUGUUAAAACUGUACAGGCAAAUAAGUCUGAGAGAAAAGCAGCAAAAACUCUUUCUAUUGUUGUUUUCAACUAUUUCAUUUGUUGGAUUCCAUUUUUAUUUUCUUUCUUUUUGUAUUUUUUAAUUGAAAAUGUAUUUUCAGUUAUGAUCAUCGGCUUUCUACCACUUGUUAAUUCUUUUAUCAAUCCAAUAAUUUAUGCUUUCUUUUAUCCAUGGUUCAAAGUGACAGCUAAACAUAUUUUAACUCUGAACUUUUAAAUUGUAUUUUUUUUUUAUCCUUUAUUUAACUAGGCAAGUCAGUUUAGAACAAAUUCUUAUUUACAAUGUCGGCCUAGCUUAACUUAAGGCAUAAAUAGUUCAUAUGUUUUUAUUCCUACGUUUGACAAACGUGUUUGAUAUAGUUUUGUAAUACAAUUUUUGCAAUUGCUUCUUUCAUGUAACAAUACAGUGACAUGACCUAUCUCAGUGUUGUCAUCAUACGGUAGAUACGUGUGGUGUUGAUACCCAAUGAUUUGUCUGGAUUGGAAUGACUUGGAGAAGGCAUAAGAAGGCAUAAUCUUGUUUUAUAAAAUACAUUGUAGUCAUUUUGGGUUGUAUAUUCCAAAUACCAAAGUCUGUUGUUGUUCCAUGUUAUUUAAUGAUAAAUAGUAGGUAAGUAUUCUAAAAGUACAUUUUGAGAACGUCAUGAGUCAUUAUGUAUGUUUAACAUCACCCUCUAGUGGCUCAAUUGGUACACAAUGCCUUCAACAAUGGAGUAAAAUGUAAAUGUACAAUAUGCAUGAUAUCAGAUAACGUACAAGUCUAUGUAAGUAGUUGAGGGUAAAAUGCAAGAAUAUGCAAUUAUGUUUAACACUUUAUAAUGUUCAGUAAUAAACCAUAAGUAAGGCAUUUACAGUAUGGUCACCAUUUAUGAUUACACCCACAUUUGUUAAAUGUUAAUCAGCUUUGUAUUCUCACAUUUAUAAAUAACUACUAUAUGCUUUAA